GCUAUGUCUGGCCGUGGCAAGGGAGGCAAAGGCCUUGGCAAAGGAGGUGCCAAGCGCCACCGCAAAGUCCUCCGCGACAACAUCCAGGGCAUCACCAAGCCCGCCAUUCGCCGCCUGGCUCGCCGUGGCGGAGUCAAGCGCAUCUCCGGCCUCAUCUACGAGGAGACCCGCGGGGUGCUGAAGGUGUUCCUAGAGAACGUGAUCCGCGAUGCGGUCACCUACACGGAGCACGCCAAGCGCAAGACCGUCACUGCCAUGGACGUGGUCUACGCGCUCAAGCGCCAGGGCCGCACGCUCUACGGCUUCGGCGGCUAAAUUGCGCAGA